AUGAUUGGAGCUCCCACUUGUUCAUUAACACAUUCAACUUCGAUCCGAUCAAAUAUUGAGAAGAGAAAACGAGUACCAAAUCAGUUUUCAAGCACUCGCCUGAUAGAUGAAGUCUAUGGCUCGAAUCACUCGAUCGUUCAAUCUCUUGGUUGGAGUCAUAAAUUAGUUGGACAUGGUGGUUGUGUGAAUGCCAUUAAUUUCAACACCAAUGGAGACUUGAUUGUGACUGGAAGUGACGAUGAAACAAUUAAAAUUUGGAAUACUUGGACAGGAAAAUGUCUCACCACUCUCUCCGGUCACGUCAGUAAUGUUUUUGCCACAAAUUUCUUCAAUUCAAAUCAUCAACAAAUUAUAAGUGGUGGAAAUGAUUCAGAUGUUCGUUUCUAUGAUAUUGAAAAGGACGUUUGUACCGUGUAUCAACAUCACACAAAAAAGGUUUUAAAAAUUGCAACCUCUCCACUCUUACCUCAGUGCUUCUAUUCAUGUUCAGCUGAUGGUUCAUGUCGAAUGUUUGAUGUAAGAUGUAAAUAUUCAAAUACAAAAAUUGAAAAAGACAAGAUUGUGAAAGAAUCUUCAAGGAAUGGCACUCAUUCUCGAGGACUCAAUGCAUACAGUAAUUAUGAUGAAACUAUUUUACCACAAGCCAUUGGAGGUGGAAGAGUUAUUUCAUCAUUGGGUAGAAAUCAUGGUACUACGACAUCAGGUUCUGUCAUUAACAGUAGUAGUAGUAGUAGUAGUAGUAGUGGGAGUACGAGCGGUGGAGACUCUUCAGGUCAAGUUUCUUCCUCAUCAUCUCUCGUGGUCAAUUAUAGAAUACUCGAAUACAAUACCAAAACAGUUCCAACGCUCUAUUGUGUGGACUUGAAUCCACUCAAUCCUCAUCAAAUCAUUAUAGGUUCCUAUUUGGGUGAUACAAGACUUUUUGACACGAGAAGAAUUGAGAAUUACAAUGCCAAUUCUUAUGUGAAUAUUUAUAGACCUGUGGAACAAAAUUUUGAUCCUAGGGAUUAUGAAGUGACUGGAACUGCUUUUUCAUGUGAUGGCUCAAAGAUUGUGAGUACUCAUUUGGGUGAUUAUAUUUAUUUGUACGAUCGAGAGAGAAACUUUGAGAGGGAUGAAGGUGUGGAUUACACUCGAGUCGUCGUACCACCACCACCACCGUCACAACCAAUAUCACUCACACGAAACACUUCCAUGUCAUUACCAUCUUCACAACAACAAGCAUCCACACGCACAAACACUUCGAGUGGUACCUCUCGUAAUACUACAAAUCAAAGAUUGAGCAAUAACACAGUUGCAAGUGUAGAUCUUUCCAAUCAUGAUACAUCAAGAAGAAGAACAACCACCACACAAACAGAACAAGAUCCCAAUGACAAUGACUCUAUGGAUCUCCAUCAUCCCAACAUGGUUACCACCUAUGAUAGAAAAUUCACAGGUCAUUGCUCACGUCAAACCAUUAAGGGAGUCAACUUUUUCGGUCUCCACUCUGAGUAUGUCAUUUCAGGCAGCGACGAUUCGAAUAUAUUUAUUUGGGAACGAGAGAGUGGAGAACUUGUUCGAGUAUUAUCGGGUCAUGAUGAUAUUGUAAAUACAGUGGUAUGCCAUCCUGAAUAUCCAAUGAUUUGUAGCGGUGGAAUUGAUGAUUUUGUCAAUGUUUGGACACCUUGUAAUGAUUCAUUGAUAUUAUCAGAUGAAGAAUUGAAAAAGAGAAAAAUUCAUUUGGAAAGUGUGAUGGAAGAGAAUGCACAUGAUUUGGAUGAUGAUGAAAUUACACACAUUCCAGCACACUUGUUGCAAGCCUUGAUGCAAUACUUUAUGUCAAGAGGAGGAGAUAUGGAUGAUGAGGAGGAUAAUUUUGAUGAAGAGUAA